AUUAAAAAUAAAACAAAUUUGUCUUUGGUUUGGUUUCAUUUCCAUUAUUUUAGCAAGUUCACAAAAACCGGGUGAAUUUCUUAGUUUUUCUGUGAUAAAUAGUUAAAAACCAACAAAAUGACGUCUCUAAACCCGACUAGAAUUUUGAGCAAUGCGGCCGAAGAAGAAAAGGGGGAAGUUGCUCGUAUGUCCAGUUUUAUUGGAGCCAUAGCUAUUGGAGAUCUAGUCAAAAGCACCCUAGGACCAAAGGGAAUGGACAAAAUUCUGGUUUCCAUGGGAAGAAAUGCUGGCCAGGUAGAAGUCACAAACGAUGGAGCUACUAUUCUGAAGUCUAUCGGAGUGGACAACCCGGCCGCCAAAAUCCUGGUUGACAUGUCCAAGGUGCAGGAUGAAGAAGUGGGCGAUGGAACCACCUCAGUCACAGUAUUAGCUGCGGAGUUGCUCCGCGAGGCAGAGAAGCUGAUUGACCAGAAGCUGCACCCGCAGACCAUCAUCGCGGGGUGGCGCAUCGCCGUGGAGGCGGCGAGGAAGGCCCUCUCCGACUCCAGCUUCGACCACGAGAAGAACAUGAAUGAUGCCAACCUCCGGGCAGACCUGGAGAACAUUGCCCGCACCACAUUGAGCUCCAAGAUCUUGGCCAAUCACAAAGAGCACUUCACAAAGCUAGCUGUAGACGCGAUCCUGCGCCUCAAGGGCUCGGGCAACCUGAAGGCGAUCCAGAUCAUCAAGAUCUCCGGCGGAGUGCUCGAGGAGUCCUUCCUGGACGAGGGCUUUUUGCUCAACAAGAAGGUGGGCGUGCACCAACCGAAGCGCAUCGAGAACGCCAACAUCCUCAUCGCCAACACCCCUAUGGACACGGACAAGAUCAAGGUGUUCGGCUCCACCAUCAAGGUGGACUCGAUGGCCAAGAUCGCCGAGCUUGAGCUGGCCGAGAAGGAGAAGAUGAAGGACAAGGUCAACAACAUCCUCGCGCACAAGUGCAAUGUGUUCAUUAACAGACAGCUGAUCUACAACUACCCGGAACAACUAUUCGCCGAUGCGAACGUGAUGGCCAUCGAGCACGCGGACUUCGACGGCAUCGAGCGCCUCGCGCUGGUCACGGGGGGCGAGAUUGUGUCCACGUUCGAUACUCCCGGCAAGGUCAAGCUGGGCCAGUGCAAGCUUAUUGAACAGGUGCUAAUCGGCGAAGAGCCCCUCAUCCGCUUCUCGGGCGUCUCUCUCGGCUCGGCCUGCACGGUAGUCAUCCGCGGCGCCACGCAGCAGGUGCUGGACGAGGCGGAGCGCAGUCUGCACGACGCGCUGUGCGUGCUGGCCGCCACCGUGCGGGAGCCCAAGGUCAUCUAUGGGGGCGGUGCCAGCGAGAUGCUGAUGGCGGAAGCGGUCUCCAAGGUCGCUGCCCGAACCGCCGGCAAGGAGGCGGCGGCUGCUGAAGCCUUCGCCGUGGCUCUACGCCGGCUGCCGUCCGCAGUCGCCGACAACGCCGGCUACGACAGCGCCGAGUUGAUCGCGAGGCUGCGGGCACAUCAUGCGCAGGGGGAGAUCACGAUGGGGCUUGACAUGAACAAGGGUAGAGUCGGCGACAUGAAGAAGCUCGGCAUCACAGAGUCCUACGUGGUCAAACGCCAAGUCCUAGUGUCAGCCGCCGAGGCAGCGGAGAUGAUUCUGCGUGUGGAUAACAUCCUGAAGUCUGCCCCGCGCCGCCGUGGGCCCGACCGCCGCCCGUGCUAAGAAGUGGGAUAGUUAUGGCGCGAAUAGGAUCUUAAAGAUGGCUGCCUGUCAAAAGUGCCAAUAUGGCCGCUGGAGACGUUUUAUUCGCAAUUUUGGCUGAUUCUAAAGGUUAAGUAAAAGCUGGAAAGAUUAGGUUUUUCUCGUUCGAGUUUAAAUAUUUGCUUUCACUAUCAGUUUAAAAGUCUUGGUAGCUGCUGUCGUUAUGAUCCUAUUUGCGUGUGCGAUGUAUUUUGGGCUCUUAAUUCGCUGAAGUUUAUUUUUUGUCCGUCUACUCACAGAUUUCUGUAUCUUCUAUGUUGAACAAAAUUGUUAACAAGAUAACAUCACAUAUUGUAUAUGUGAACUAUCCAUAGGUUUGCUAUUUCCAGCUUUUUUAAUGUGAUCCAUCAUCUGUUUUUAGAUGGCUGUUCGUUUUGUCUCACAAAAUGUUAAAUCUGCAGAAAGCAUUUACGCCCUGUUAGUAAUGCUAGCUUGAAUACUAUAAGAAUCGCAUUAUUAUUAGUUUAUUAACAGUGAUUAGCUUUAGUUUUCGGCCACAGUUGCCUUGAUUUAAUGAUGUAUUAACAUAUAUUUAAUAAAAAAUAUAAUUUUAA